CACACACACACACACACACACAUUCACACUCGCCGGCGCGCGUGCGCACGCCCGCGCGCCCCGAGCCGCGGAGUCUCCAGCGCCCCUAAGCAGAUCCCAUUCUCCCCGGCGCCGCUACUCACACAGGCUUCCAUCCGCCACGGGGCGUCCUCUGUCUGCGGCUGCGGCGGCGGCGGCGGCGGCGGCGGAGACCGAGGAAAAGGCGGCCGCAGCCCGGCCCCGUCAGGCAGCUCGGUUCCCCGGGACAGGAGUCCGAGCGGAGCCCGGAGGAGGCGGAGGACGCCGAGGCUAGGAGGAGCCGCGCCGCGCCCGGCGCCCGACUCCGCGCCGCGGGGCUGCCUUUGCUCCCAGAACCGCGGCCCCAGAAUUUUGAAAGCGACUUGAAUCUAAUUGGCUCCCCCAGGAUUUCAAACUUCUGUUACAUUUGUGGCACUUCUUUUUAUCAAGAGGCAUCUGGAGAGACUACAGCUACUCCUGACUGGCAUGGAAGGUCCUUUCUAGCCGCCAUGAUAGCCUAUUUAUAACAAGUGGAAGGGAUUGCUCACCGUGCUCAGGAGCUAACAAAUCAUAAAGAUAGAAUCCAGAGGAACACUGGUCCAUACAGAUGACAUCAGAAAAGGAGAAAGUAGUCAUAUUUAAGUGAGUCAGUUUUGAAGAAGUGAAGCUUCCAGAAGCAUCCUAUCUGUCUGACCUGAACUGUUCUCUAUGGAGCUUCUUUUGUGAGCAGCUUCUAUUGAAAAGACCUUUAUGAAUACAUUGUUUCCAUCAAACUUCCAAAGAACACAUUUGUCUUCAGACCUACUGGGUAUUAAGAAUCUGAUGAUCUCAGAAGGGAUCCUGCAUUCAGCCAUCAAAACGGUCCUGCCUCCCAGUAUGCUUGUAAUUCAAUGGUAGAUGCAGGACGAGUUGAGAGUAUCACCCAGUGCUCCCAGGAACUUCCUCAGAUGAUGGCUGCAGCAGCUGAUGGUUUGGGGAGCCUAGCAAUAGACACAACCCAGCUCAACAUGUCCGUGACAGAUCCCACAGCCUGGGCCACAGCCAUGAACAACUUGGGCAUGGUUCCCGUGGGGUUGCCUGGACAGCAGCUUGUGUCUGACUCAAUCUGUGUCCCAGGCUUUGAUCCAGGCCUCAACAUGAUGACUGGAAUCACCCCCAUUAACCCCAUGAUACCAGGCUUGGGCCUGGUACCACCCCCACCACCAACAGAAGUGGCCGUUGUCAAAGAAAUAAUCCACUGCAAAAGUUGUACUCUUUUCCCUCAAAAUCCAAAUCUUCCACCUCCAUCCACAAGAGAACGACCUCCUGGGUGCAAGACUGUGUUUGUUGGAGGAUUACCAGAGAAUGCUACUGAAGAAAUCAUUCAAGAAGUCUUUGAGCAGUGUGGUGAUAUCACAGCUAUCCGAAAGAGCAAGAAGAAUUUUUGUCACAUUCGCUUUGCAGAAGAAUUCAUGGUUGAUAAAGCCAUUUACCUUUCUGGUUACCGAAUGCGGUUAGGGUCAAGUACAGACAAAAAGGAUUCUGGCCGCCUUCACGUCGACUUUGCCCAGGCCAGAGAUGACUUCUAUGAGUGGGAAUGCAAGCAGAGGAUGCGAGCCCGUGAGGAGAGGCACCGGCGCAAGCUGGAGGAGGACCGGCUCCGGCCACCGUCCCCACCGGCCAUCAUGCACUACUCUGAGCACGAAGCCGCCCUGUUGGCCGAGAAGCUGAAAGAUGACAGCAAGUUUUCUGAGGCAAUCACAGUGCUGCUUUCCUGGAUAGAACGAGGGGAAGUGAACCGCCGGUCAGCAAACCAGUUCUAUUCCAUGGUUCAGUCAGCCAACAGCCACGUCCGCAGGCUCAUGAACGAAAAAGCGACCCACGAGCAAGAGAUGGAGGAAGCGAAGGAGAAUUUUAAAAAUGCCUUAACUGGGAUCCUCACUCAAUUUGAGCAGAUUGUGGCCGUUUUCAACGCUUCUACCAGACAAAAAGCUUGGGACCAUUUCUCGAAAGCUCAGCGCAAGAACAUAGACAUUUGGCGAAAGCAUUCUGAGGAGCUCCGGAAUGCUCAAAGUGAACAGCUCAUGGGCAUUCGUCGUGAAGAAGAAAUGGAAAUGUCUGAUGAUGAGACUUGUGACAGCCCUACUAAAAAGAUGAGAGUCGAUGAAUCAGCACUAGCUGCUCAGGCCUAUGCUCUUAAAGAAGAGAAUGACAGCCUCCGCUGGCAGCUGGAUGCCUACAGGAAUGAGGUAGAGCUUCUGAAGCAAGAGAAAGAACAGCUUUUCCGAACAGAAGAAACCCUCACUAAGGACCAGCAGCUACAGUUCCUACAGCAGACCAUGCAAGGCAUGCAGCAGCAAUUACUGACCAUCCAGGAGGAGCUAAAUAACAAAAAGUCAGAACUGGAACAAGCAAAGGAAGAGCAGUCCCACACACAAGCACUACUGAAAGUUCUCCACGAACAGUUAAAAGGUACAAAGGAGUUGGUGGAGACCAAUGGCCACAGCCACGAGGACACAAAUGAAAUCAAUGUGUUGACAGUUGCCUUGGUCAACCAAGAUCGAGAAAAUAAUAUUGAGAAAAGAAGCCAAGGCUUAAAAUCAGAGAAAGAAGCUCUGCUAAUAGGCAUCAUAUCAACGUUUCUUCAUGUCCAUCCUUUUGGAGCCAAUAUCGAAUACCUUUGGUCAUACAUGCAGCAGCUGGACUCCAAGAUAUCAGCCAGCGAAAUCGAGAUGCUUCUGAUGCGGCUACCUCGCAUGUUCAAACAGGAGUUCACCGGUGUGGGAGCGACGCUGGAAAAGAGAUGGAAACUGUGUGCCUUUGAAGGAAUUAAAACCACCUAGCUGUGGAAGGGCAGGAGAUGUCUGAGAGUGAACAGAGCGUGAAGGCAGCCAGGGCUGGGAGCCUGGGAGCAGGAGGGGUGGGACCCACCAGCGAGGGACCUGGGGCCUGACGUUAGUUACAUCUGCAGCAGUGGUCUUGUGAGGGGAAAUGUAACCUUGUACCAAUCCCUUACACUAAGCAAAAGCUUCAUACUGUGACAGAUGUUUCCUACGAAAACCAGUGAUCCCCCACUCAUAACGAUGGCAAAAAUCUUAAAAUAGGCUACAUUUGAGAAUAGCUCACCUAGCAAAAUAUUUAAAGUUAGUGAGGGAGUAGCCAUGGUGGUUGCUAGGCUACGGAGUUGUAAAUGUAAUGUAUAGCUGACAUCAUUAAAUGACAUUUUCCUGGCAGUCUUUCUGUUUUAGUUAAAAAACAAAAAUAAAAACAAAAAAAUAAUAAUUUUGCAGUGAUGAAAAAAUCAUACCAAAAGAAAACUUGAAUAUGUGUCUGAAAAAGUUAUCGUAUUUUAUAAAUUAAGUUAUAUGCUGUUUCCAGGGACUUUUGCCUUAUUGAAGAGGCAGAAACAAUGAUUGGACAACUUGAGAACGCUUUACCAAGAAUAUUAUUUUUCUAAUGUAACAAUUCUCCAUCCUAAGUUCUUUUAACAUGGACUGCAUAACAGUUUUCAUAAAAAUGUAAAUAAAGGGAAAACUCGUGUUGCUGUCUUGUACUUGGUAUGUGACAUUCAGGUUUCUGCAUCAAAAUAAACAUUCAGUAAAUAUUCCUGUUACAAAUUUUAUAGGAAAGACAUAAAUUUUUUUCAAUAAAUAUUACUUCUACCAUA